GGUCACGUGGUCUGCUUCGCCAGGGAAGUGAAGUGUACAGAGAGCACGCGUGCUGCGAAUCGAAAUGUGAUUUUCGUUCUAGGUAUUUUUUUGGUGUGUGAUUAAUUUUCAACGUGGAAGACUUCCAGCAGAUGAAAUUCUGAAUUAACAGUCAUGUGGAGGUAGCGCGAGGUGAACGUGACAUCGAGUUGUUUAUUAAGUAGUCUGUCGUUAGUGCAUGCAUGUUACUUAAAUCUGCUUCAUGUAUAGUCAGUUCGUAUGAUCACUAUGUAUUUACUGUUAUUUUGUUAAGUACGUUACCAAUUCAAAAAGUCUAGAGCAAAUGCAUUAUAGAGCCGAUUCGUCAUAAUCGAUAGUCACCCAGGUGUGUUUUGGAGGAGUGAUGGAUGGGGAUCAGCAGGAAUGAAUGUAUCUCAGCAGACAUCAAGCAUGGAACUGAAAGAGGAUAUGAAUACCCAAACUGAAAGUGAGCAUCAGCCAUCAAAAGAUGCUUUGAUUGACAUCAGCUUUUGCGGAGCCACUCCUCUGGUGUGGAAGGUGUCGGACAUGAAGAGGUGCAGAUCUGUGGGUGUGAUCGGGGCUCUGGUGGGUUCUCUCGCCCGUCAGCCUCGGCAGAACGUGCGGCUGGGACGACCGCUGGAGCUGCUGCAAGAGGAGGCGCUGCUGCUGGAGGACACUAGCACUGCUGCUGCUUCACUGCAGACUCAGGAUUGUGGAGAUGAGGAGACGCAUUCGGAGGCUGUGAGACGGUAUGAGGCCGGUCUGGAGAGCAGUUAUAAGGAGCAGUGUGCUCUGGCCCUGGAGGACAAGAAGACAGUGCUGAGGAGAAUCAUGAAUGAGAAGGAGAACGGCACUGAUGACUCCGGCAGUGCAAUUAGAGACCGUCUUAAUGCACUGGACCAGGCCUUCCGCUUCCCGUGGCCGGCUAUGGCGGUUCAGCUCUGUACUGCCCGUGCCGGCUUCAGCCACUGUCCGGAGGAACGCAGUUUCCAUUCCACUGAUUGGCCAAUGCCUAGAGAUGAACGCUUGAACACUAGAUUCGGUGUCUACAGAGAUCUGAGAAAUAAAGGCUUCUACCUGACCUCUGCAGGGAAGUUUGGAGGAGAUUUCCUGGUGUAUCCAGGUGAUCCUCUGCGGUUCCAUGCUCAUUUCAUUGCAUUAUGCAUCUCUAUGGAUGAAGAGUUACCUCUCUGUGAUAUUCUGGCUAUAGCUCGUCUGGGCUCCAAUGUGAAGAAAACAGUAUUGCUCUGCUCUCCAAAGAAGUGCAGCGAGACUGGAAAUGAUGAGAGUGUGGAGGGUGAUGUGGUGUAUUCAUCCCUGCAGUGGAGUUCUAUGGUGUAACCACAAAAAUAUUGUUUGAUAUUAGAGAGAUGAUGCUUCUCAGAAACUUGGUGUGCCUUCUGAUGUGUAAAGUGUGUGUGAUAAAUUCUGAAUGACUGAAUUUAGUUUGAUUGUCAACAUAUAGGGAGAAUAUCCCAAGAUCAUCUAAUAAAAAUCUAAUUUAGCUGUG